GCCCUCCUCCUCCCAACACAAACCCUACUCUCUUCCUCUCUCUCUCUCUCUCUCUCUCUCUCCAGCGCGCGAUUCGCCAUAAACCCUAAUUCCCGACACCCGCGCGAAUUGGGGGACGUCCCCCGAUCGAUCCGAAUUCCCGAUUCGGUGAAGCCGCUCGAUCCGUCCCCGCAGCUACUUCGUCUUCUCGCGCAUUUGAACCCCGAAAGUCGAAAUUUUUCGCUGAGAUUUCUAGGUCAGCUGAAGUAAAAGAGGACAUCAAAUGGUUAUGAAGUUGUGAGGGUUUGGUUUUUCUGGGGGAAAAUGGACGAUGUCGAGAAGGCAAUCAUCCUUAGUUUCGACGAGUCGGGCAGCGUCGAUUCGGCGCUGAAAUUGCGGGCCAUCGGUUACUGCCAGCAAAUCAAGGAAGCGCCGACCAUUUGCAGGGUCUGUGUGGAGAAGUUGCGGUUUUGCCCGAUUAUGCAAGUCCAGUUCUGGUGUCUCCAGACUUUGCAGGAAGCUAUACGCGUUAAGUACGCUUCGAUGAGCUCUGAGGAGAAGGAAUUCAUUAGAAAGUCGGUGUUUUCCAUCGCUUGUUGUUAUGAUGAGGAGAGCGGUGGCAUUCUGGCGGGCCCUGCAUUUAUUAAGAAUAAGCUGGCCCAAGUGAUUGUCACUCUGAUUUACUUCGAGUACCCCUUAAUUUGGCCGUCCGUGUUUGUCGACUUUUUGCUGCACCUCAGCAAAGGCGGCGCCGUGAUUGACAUGUUCUGUCGUGUUUUGAAUGCUCUGGAUGACGAGUUGAUUAGUCUGGAUUACCCACGGAGUAAUGCAGAAGUGGCUGUUGCUGCGCAGGUUAAGGAUGCAAUGAGGCAGCAGUGUGUGCCUCAGAUUGUCAGAGCGUGUUAUGACAUUCUGUCCAUGUAUAGAAAUUCUGAUAGCGACAUAUGUGCCGCUGUUUUGGAUACUCUGAGAAGGUACAUUUCCUGGAUUGAUAUCGGGUUGAUUGCUAAUGAUGUUUUCCUUCCCUUUUUGUUCGAGUUGAUGUUGUUUGAUGGGUUAUCGGAGCAACUCCGUGGGGCUGCGGCCGGAUGUGUAUUGGCUGUUGUUUCUAAACGGAUGGAUGCACAAUCAAAAUUGUCUCUGUUGAAGAAUGUUCAGAUAAGUCGUGUUUUUGGUUUGGUGUCUGAUGAUAGCGACUCUGAGUUGGCAUCAAGAGUUGCUUCCCUGCUCACGGGAUAUGCUGUGGAAGUUCUGGAGUGCUCUAAAAGGUUGACUGAGGAAACAAAAGGAACUUCAUUUGAGCUUUUGGAUGAGGUAUUGCCCUCUGUUUUUUACAUAAUGCAAAAUUGUGAGGUUGAUACGGCAUUCGGCAUUGUGCAAUUCUUUUCGGGUUAUGUUUCUGCUAUGAAGAGCCUUUCCCCAUCGACGGAAAAACGACUUUAUCAUUUGAGUCAAAUUUUGGAAGUGAUCCGUUCUCAGAUCUGUUAUGAUCCUAUGUACCGGGAUAAUCUUGACACACUGGACAAGAUUGGGAGAGAGGAAGAAGAUAGGAUGACGGAAUACAGGAAAGACUUUUUUGUACUACUCCGAAGCAUUGGAAGAGUAGCACCUGAUAUUACCCAGGCAUUUAUUAGAAACUCAUUGGAUGCCGCUGUCACCUCUACCGGUGGGAAUAUUGAAGAGGUGGAAGCUGCUCUUUCUCUUCUCUAUGCUCUUGGAGAAUCAUUAAGUGAAGAAACGAUUAGAAGUGGGAGAGGACUUUUGAGGGACAUGGUGCCUAUGCUUUUGGCGAGUAAAUUCACAUGCCAUUCAAAUAGGGUAGUUGCACUUGUUUAUUUGGAUAGUAUUACGAGAUAUGCAAAGUUUGUCCAGGAAAAUACCCAGUACAUACCCAUGUUACUGGCUGCUUUUCUCGAUGAAAGAGGUAUACAUCACUCAAACAUCAAUGUGAGUAGAAGGGCGAGUUACCUCUUUAUGAGAGUCGUGAAGUCGUUGAAAUCGAAUCUUGUGCCCUUCAUAGAGACUAUACUGCAGAGCUUGCAAGAUAUAGUAGCUAAAUUUACAAAUGUUGAUUCCUCAAAAGCACUUUCUGGUUCUGAAGAUGGCAGUCAUAUAUUUGAGGCAAUUGGUAUAUUGAUUGGGAUGGAAGACGUGCCUGUGGAAAGACAAUCUGGUUAUCUCUCUUCACUGCUGACUCCUCUUUGUCAUCAGGUUGAGGGUUUGCUGUCAAAUUCCAAAACACUGAUUAUAGAAGAGGCACCUGGGAAAAUUGCCACUAUUCAGCAAGUUAUAAUGGCUAUUAAUGCCCUUAGUAAGGGUUUUAGUGAGCGCCUUGUGACUGCUAGUCGCCCUGGAAUCGGUUUUAUGUUCAAAAGGACAUUGGAUGUUCUCCUCCAAAUUCUUGUUGUAUAUCCAAAGAUAGAGCCUUUGCGGUCUAAGGUUAUGUCAUUCAUUCACCGCAUGGUAGAUACGCUUGGAGCAUCGGUUUUCCCUUAUCUUCCGAAGGCAUUGGAACAGUUGCUUGCUGAGAUUGAGCCUAAGGAGAUGGCUAGUUUUCUUUUGUUACUUAAUCAAAUAAUUUGCAAGUUCAACAAACUGGCACAUAAUGUACUUGAGAAGUUGUUUCCUGCCAUUGCUGGGAGGGUAUUCAGCAUCAUCUCAAGGGAGGCAAUUAAAUCAGGCCCUGGCGUCAACACUGAGGAAAUCAGGGAAAUUCAAGAGCUUCAGCAGACUUUUUAUACCUUUCUCUAUGAUAUUGCUACACAUGAUCUCUCUUCAGUUUUCAUUUCACCCACAAGUUGCCAGUACUUGGAACAGCUGAUGCAGUUGCUACUCUACACAGCUUGUAAUCAUCAGGACAUUCUUGUGAGGAAGGCAUGUGUGCAGAUCUUCAUCAGACUUAUCAAAGAUUGGUGCAGCAGGCCUUAUGAGGAAAAGGUACCUGGUUUUCAAAAGUUCAUGAUUGAGGCUUUUACGGCCCACUGUUGCUUGUACAGCGUACUUGACAGAUCUUUCGAGUUCCGAGAUGCAAAUACUCUCAUUUUGUUUGGAGAAAUUGUAUUGGCUCAGAAAAUCAUGUAUGAGAAGUUUGGAGAUGAUUUCCUCAAUUUUCUAUCAAAAGUUUUUCUGACUACGGAAUGCCCUCAACAUUUGGUGCCUCAACAUUUGGUGCAACAGUAUUGUCAAAAGUUGCAGGGCGAUGACAUAAAGUCUAUGAAAUCAUCCUACCGUUCCCUCAUUGAGAACUUAAGACUUCAACAGAAUGGAAGUCUUGUUUUCAGAUAGCAUAAUUAUGGCUAGAGAUAUAGGUGGCUCUUCAAAUCAUUAUUUCCACACGCUGCCCUUCAAUGCGGUAAUACAAUUUUGCCCGAGGUUGGAACUGAACGUGGCUCUUCAUGAACCUUGUCCGGUUUUCUCUAGCUGGAGAUGGUGCAUCUGGCUUCUCUUCUUUGUAUAUAGCUUUUUCUGUGACAAGUCCAUGACAAUGAGGUAUACACUCAAGGGUCUGCUUCAAAUUGGUAGUUUCCCGUAAACUGAAGAAUGAGGAGAGACUAAUAUGGUCAUUUCACUCUAUUUUGAACAGUUUGUACAUAUACGGGAGCACCACCUGAAGGGUAUAUUCAUCAGUGUUGAGCUUUUGACCUGUGAGAUGAAGAUCAAUUUCUUUGGCAAUUCUUUCUAUUUGAGGUCAAAAUAUAAGUUUAUUGUAUCAAAUUCAUUCCGAUUAAUGAAAGAAAGAAAGAGAGUGAGCAUCUUUUUGGUUCUUUGUCGAAAUCAUUGUAGGCUACUAUCAGUGAUACAAUCCUUGUUCUCCACCUUAUCUUUGGCAAUUCGCCACGCAUAGUGAAUCUACUUUGAUUUGAUGAAAA